AUGACUGACAGUUUGGAGGAGAUUUCUGUGCCUGCCUUCAACACAGCCAAGAGAGUCAACUCGCCCCACCACCUUCCUCAACAGCAGUAUUCCGACUUGGAGGACUCUGAGUCAGACUUAGAUGAUAUAGUAACCGACGACAUUGAUGUGGAUGACUCUAUCAGUGCGUUUGAAUGGCCUGCUAUCAAACAGGAACCAGAAGAUGUGCAUAUGGAAUAUUCAAGGUCAAGCGCAAAGAAGAAGGGAUCUCAGACAACAUCUUCAACAUUUGUCACAACUACUGAUAUUAAGCCACCUCCUUCAAAGAAGAUAAAGACCGAGCAAGCCAACUCACACAACACUCCUUUGACUGCCAAGGCAACUGAGGAUCGCACUUGGGUUGAACGAUCCAAGGCUCGCAACUUUGGCUCCACCGCUAUCGCCAUCAUAAUCGAUUUUUUGUCCCGAAAUGAAGAUGAAGAUGUGGAGGAACUUGCCAAGUACCUCCUUGCCAAGUACACUUUCCUUUACAAGGAUACAGAGUUAUUGGAUAAGGCAACAAUCUAUUGCUCCCCCUUCAUGCUCCAACUUGUUGGUACCGCUCAUCUUCAGGCCACCAUCAGUCACGCAGAUGUUCCAGAACUCAAGACCAGCACUCUCGCCGAAAAGGGCAUCAUUUGUGUCGUCUCAAUCUGUGCAGCAGCAUUAGAACAUGCACUCACUCUCAUCAGCAAUAGUGAUAUUAACAUUGAAGAUGUGCUCACGGCAGCGCCUGCACAACGCAGAUUGAUGGUGAAGACUCCCAAGGUCUUGAAUAAGGCAACCAGGAAGGAGACUUGGACAAUUCACACCUUCUCUGUCAGUAACUGGGGCUCUCAGAUGCUUGCAUUCUCGAGGUCGGUGCAGGCCAAGGGAGACAUGGCAAUCAAGACUAUUGCUUCGAUGGCUUGGAAGGUCCUCAAGAAGUCGAAAUCUGGGCAUGAGAGCUUCCUCAAUGAAGAUGAUUCCGUUGAAAAUGACCCUCAUGCCUUUCUCUGGUAA